CACACAAUUAACACCACUUUCUCAUUCCUUUAGCAAAUUACACUCUUUCCAUCACUUUUUCGUAAGAAACGCUGUCAUGGCCGGAGGAAAGUCCAAGAGCAAGGCCUCCAAGAAGAAGAUCGCCGCCGAGGCUACGACCUCUGCGCCUCAACCCUUCCCAUACCUGGACGGCUCGUUUCUUGAGUUCGGGUCGGAAGAGGAACUCUCUCGCUUCAUCACCCACUUCUCCAAGCGCCCCAUCUCUCCGCCAAGGGUGCUGCCGGAGAGAUACCCUCAACAAAAGGGGUACCACGACCUCGACAAUCAACUCAAAGAGUCGGUGGUCAUCCGAGAGCUGGGAAUCACCAACCUCGUCCGUCACAGCGGCACAACAACCAUUCACUCAGCCCCGCCGGAGAAGCGUCUUCUACUCUAUAUCCUCACCCGGAUUCUUCGCCCCCGGGACGGCAGCCACACGUGCCUCUUCAACGAGGAUCUCAAGGCCGUUCAUGCUAUCACCCAUGGCGCCUCAAUCAAUUGGGCAAAAUACGUCAUGAUUCACAUGGCGGAUUGCGCCUCCAUCACCAACGAGCGGAGCUUGCCAUACGCCUUUCUCAUCAUGGAUCUCAUCGUCGGCCCAGACACGAAGAUGACAAAGCUGUGGAUCAUCCAAGAUAGCACCUUCCGAAAGAAUGGCAUCAACUACGUCCCGCCACCCUUUGACAGCACCAUCCUCGGCCAGAACUAUGAAGGCGAGGACGAGGAGGAUGACUCCCAUGCUCCGUCUUCCUCCCCCGAAGAGGCCGACUUUGAGGACGCGGUCGACGGGAAUCCCAUGGACGUCGAGGACGACGAGGAUGACGAGAACGAAGAUGAUGACACCGAGGACGAGGAUGCCGCUGCCUAGACUCUUCUCUCUCUCCUUUCCCUACUUUGAUUGCAAUUUUUUUUUUCAAUUCCGUUGUAUUCAGCAUUUUCUCAUCUUUUAAUGAAUAAAAGUUUACCUU